AUGAUAAAAACGAAAAGGUAUUCCAUCAACGAAAUAUUCAAAUUUCUCACAUUUUCCAAAAUAUCUGCUUUAGUCCUUUUAAUUUGGAUUCAUCAUAAUUACAAUAAUGGUAACCAUCGUAGCUAUUUAUUGUAUGAGAAAGACAAUACAAGUGAGAAGUUUUACCUAUACUGUAAUCGAUUGUUAGAAAAGUACGAAUAUGGAAAUAAUUCCAGGAAGAGGCAGUUAAGUGAAAAUGUGAAAGGUAGUAAAAAUAUAGUUAAUUCAUCACAAAAGUGGACCUGCAGUUCAAAUUCUGAUUAUCACCCUACUUCUGAUACUGAAACAGAAUCUGAACAGCUAAAUAUAUGCACUGAUAGUGAAGAUGAUGAACCGGAAGACAAAUAUGAUGGAUUUUGUGCAAAGGUCCUUACUAGUUCUCAAAAAAGAGCAUUAAAAAAAUUUUGUUGUUCACAGGAUUUUGCAUGUCACAGACAUAUUUGUAGAAGGAGAUGGCUGAAUAAAUUAUCUAAGAAACCCAGUUUAUAUUUCGUUUACAUACCCAUAGUAUUGACGAUAUUAAUAUGUUUCUUAGCCGCUGGCUUAGCCUCAAGCUCUAUGUUAUACCCUGUUCCGAUUAUAUUAAUUAAGGCAUUUUCAUUAUUUGUUAUUUUUAUUUUGAUUAAGAUGUCAUAA